AUGGUCGAAAAGAAGGGAUGGUUACCAAACAAAAACAGUAGGAUAUGUAGUGAGCAUUUUGAGACGGGUUGGCACUCGGACGAUCGUGACGACCCCAACUACAGACCGACUCUAUUUUCCUACAAAUGUACACCUGAAGAGAACAGUGAACGAUUUUCAAGAGCAUAUAGGAGAAACCUGACUAAGACUUUUGAGGAAGCAGCCGUAAAGCAAGAACAUUUGGAGAGAUGCAGAUUAGAGGCAUCUGUAAAAAUGCACAGCUACAGUUUCCCUGAAGAGCUGCAGACAUCCCCAGGAAAACUGUACAAUGUCAAUGUAUAUCCUGAAGAGGAUGACAUUGAUAUAGGUGUAGUCAUAACAGCUGAUGAAGGUUCACAGUGUGACCCAGAUCCUCUUCUUCAAGAAAAUACUUUGUUGAAGGAGGAAAACAUACUUUUGAAGGAAAAGCUUCACAAACUGCAAUGGGGUGUGAACAAAAUCAAAGAUGAUGAUGUUGCAACUAGAUUCUAUACCGGAUUGCCCAGCUUUGCUGUUUUCCUCUGGCUGUACAAGUAG